AUGGCAGUAGCAAAAGGAGCGUGCCUGAACCACAUAUCUCGAGAAUCAUCAGAUAUAAGAAAGCUUGCUAAUUUCUACAAAGACAUAUUUGGCUUUGAGGAGGUAGAGAGCCCAAAGUUCGAGUUCAAUGUCAUAUGGCUUAAGAUCUCUCCAGAUUUCGCUAUCCACUUAAUCGAGAGGAGCCCAGAUACCAAGCUUCCUGAAGGACCCUACAGUGCCGCGUCACCGGUUCUGGAUCCUACCCAUCUCCCAAGAGGACAUCACGUCUGCUUCUCUGUCUCCAAUUUUGACUCCUUCGUCCAAUCUCUCAAGGACAAAGGAAUAGAAACGUUUCAGAGGUCUGUACCUAAUCGGCCAAUUAGGCAGGUCUUCUUCUUUGAUCCAGAUGGCAACGGAUUGGAGGUUGCAAGUCGCGAUGAAUAG